GUGGGACCAGUCUGAGAGGAAGAUCCCAGUGCACGGACUUUAAUGGAAACUCCUGCAACUUUUACUCACAACUCUGAUUCAAACUAUUGCAUUCAUGAACUGCACAUAGAGCAGAUCAGCACGGGUGGAUCUAUUUGUACGCAAGCUUGAGGAGAACCUGCUUGAAUCGUUGAAAGCCCAACAAAGUGAGUGGCGUAGCACCAUGUGGGUCCCCAACCUGGCAGCCCUGGUCCUCCUGGCCACUACAGCAACCGCCGCCACCUCGGCCUCACCAGAGCAGGUGCUGAGUAAACACGCCACCACCCUGGCAGACACCAGUGCAAAGCUGGCCUUCAGUCUCUACCAGAACAUGGCCAAGGAAAAAAGCGUGGAGAACAUCCUCAUAUCCCCCGUGGUCGUGGCCUCCUCUCUGGGGCUGGUGGCUCUAGGGGGCAAAGCGGCCACUUCCUCCCAGAUAAAAACCCUUCUGAACGCGGCUAAAGUCAAAGACGAGCAGCUACACUCGGGGCUGGCAGAGCUCCUGACCGAGGUGAGCGACCCCAAGACCCGCAAUGUCACCUGGAAGAUCAGCAACCGCAUGUACGGACCCAGCUCAGUCACCUUCGUGGAGGAUUUCGUCAAGAGCAGCCAAAAGCACUACAACUGUGACUACUCCAAGAUAAACUUCCUGGAUAAGAAGAGCGCCGCGAGCUCCAUCAACGAGUGGGCGGCCAAGUCUACCGAUGGCAAGCUGCCCGAGGUCACCAAGGAUGUGGAGCAGACUGACGGGGCGAUGAUCGUCAAUGCCAUGUUUUUCAAACCUCACUGGGAUGAGCAGUUCCAUCAUAAGAUGGUGGACAACCGCGGAUUCAUGCUGCCCCGUAGCUACACCGUUUCAGUGCAGAUGAUGCACCGCACAGGACUCUAUGGCUUCUACGAUGACAAAACCAACAAGUUAACUGUGCUUAGCAUGCCUCUGGCUCAUAAGAAGUCCACUCUGGUGGUCAUCAUGCCCCAGCAAGUGGAACCUCUGCAGAGGCUGGAGAAGAUGCUGACCAGGAAGCAGCUGGAUACGUGGAUGGGGAAGCUGAAGCAGACAGCGGUGGCCGUGUCUCUGCCCAAAGUCAGCAUGGAAGUCAGUCACAACCUGCAGAAACACCUCGGGAAGCUGGGGCUGACGGAGGCCGUGGACAAAUCCAAAGCUGACUUGUCCAAAAUCUCUGGUAAGAAGGAUCUCUACCUGGCCAGUGUGUUCCACGCCUCGGCCAUGGAAUGGGACACCGACGGCAACGAGAUGGACAUGAGCCUCUUUGGCACGGACAAACUGAAAAACCCCAAACUGUUCUAUGCCGACCACCCUUUCAUCUUCCUGGUGAAGGACCAGAACACAAACUCCAUCCUGUUCAUAGGCCGGAUGGUUAGGCCAAAGGGAGAUAAGAUGAAGGAUGAGCUGUAACCUCACUCACUUGAAAGCCUCGCUGUGUAGGUGUCUAUAUAUUUUCGACAUACUGAGAGUGAAAGUGAAAAAUGAAAGCACAUUCCUUUACGUCACAUGCCAACGUUCCACAGCACAUGGCUGAAGAGAUGUAAACAUUUGAUCCUGUGUUUUUGUGAUCAAAGUAUUUCUUUGCAGUCCCUUCCUCUUUUAACUUGAAGAAUUUCAGAUAUCUAUUUGUUUGGCCCAUUACAGUAUGGACAUAAGACUUACAUUAAGUAUGAUUCCCUUAUUAAGCAAGUCUUAACAAUGUUUGUAAAAGGUGUACACCUACUUGAUGGUGCUCGUUGUUGUAUGUUUCAUUUUUUGAGCAUGGCUGCUUUAAUUUGUCAACCCCGAGGAUAUUCGUAUUUGUUUACCCAUCCUUUGCAUUGCUUUCUGCCACGAGUACUUAGUUUGAACCAAAAUGCUACGUUGCUGUUAUUCUUAGUAUUGGCCCAUCUUUAAUGCACUGGAGUACAUUGUCAAACAAACCAAAGCAUGGCAGAUUUAAGGACAACAAUUUAUAACCCAUCUAGCAUAGACAUGCAUUGUUUUAGACCGUUACAAAUUUCCAGUUUUUGCAAUAAAAGCGUGGGAAGAAACAUAGCUCAUCAUGAUUUCAGAUAGUAUGUGCUGACAUGGUCCGUCGUGUGAGUUAUUCAAACAGUUUACCUGUUUAAUUCGCUGACUCAGGUGCUAUUUGGCCUAAGGUGGGUCGGGGAGGCUAAGGUCGGGUGGGAGUUCCCAGCUCAAUAACACGAGAAACAUUCCACCAGGGCACAUCUUGUGUCCUUGUUGUGGUAGAGCUAGACAAAACACCAAUGUUAGCGAACAUCCGGAUAGGUCUGGCAGCGGCUCCAAUGAGCAAGGCGCGGGUAGAAGCCACAUCAUCAACCUCACAUCUGACUGAUAGCAGGAGGCUGACUGCGAGCACUCAAACACUGGGCCGAGACCAAAUGGUUUAAUAUAUAAAGAAAACCAAUUGCAUAACUAUCACAAAACAAUUAUUGGAGUACUACAUAUUGGGGGUACCAUGUCAAUAGUUAUAUUUUGCUAUACAACUAUGACGUGAAGGGAGUAGAUUUAGGCCUUUACAUUGCUUCCUAAAUGUCUUUACUAGUAUGACUUUGAGACUUAUAAUGUAAAACAUUAAAUAAAUGUAAAUGAUCUUCAGUUGUAAAGUGUUUCUGUCACAUGGAAAUUUCUCGGUUAAGACUGCGGCAACCACAUCAUAAAUCGG